GCCACACCGCAUUCUUCCGCUUCUGAACAUCCUUCACGUACGCACACAACACUGCAUCAAGAUGCCGGAAUCCGUCUCCCGCGAGCCCUUGGUCUGGAUCGACUGCGAGAUGACUGGCCUCGACUAUGAAAACGAUAGCAUCUUGUCCAUCGCCUGUUUCGUGACCGACUAUGACCUUAACGUUCUGGAUGAGGAAGGCUACGAGGUAGUCAUCCACCAUGAUAAGGCACUCCUCGAUAAAAUGGACGAGUGGUGCACCAAGCAUCACGAAGCUUCAGGCCUCACCAAGGCUGCAAUGACUUCUUCUACUACUCACGAACAGGCCGCCGAGGGGCUGCUAGCCUACAUUAAACGAUUUGUCCCGGAACGCAAGAAGGCACUUCUAGCUGGCAACACUGUGCACGCCGAUAGAGCUUUCCUGCGGAGACCACCGUACCAGAUGGUCACGAAACAUUUGCAUCACCGUAUCCUCGACGUUAGUGCUCUCAAGGAAGCCGCCAGGCGGUGGGCUCCCAAAGAGGUGCUCAAGAAAACUCCGAGGAAGUUAGCACUGCACGAAGCUCGUCAGGAUAUCCUGGAAAGCAUAGCUGAAGCAAAAUUCUACCGCGACGUCUUUUUCAAGCCCAGCAAAGCCCCAGAGCCCGAGCCCGCUACGAAACCUGUGGCCGCUACGGAGCCUACUGCCUUGACAGAAGCCACGGCAGCAACAGAGCCCAAAAAGGACUCCUGAACUCUUGGAUAGCCAUUCAUUUUUAACGAAUUUAUCUGGCCAUUUCAUAAUACGCGUCAAUCAGUACAAACAUCCUCACUGGAUCACCGUACCGGUGCCGGCAUACAGUUCAUAGCCAAGGAGCAUUCCGUUCUUGGUAUAUUUUCUGUUAUGAAAGUCGGUAGCUGUGUCGUAGACCACAGCAUACAUAGCAUUCGCAACUCUACACAUGAACAAAGCGUCUUGAUAAAGAACCGAAUACCCAC